CAAAUACCAAAAAUUACAGAGAAACAAACAAAACAACAACGAAAAUAAAACGAAGGGAAGAAGAAGAGGAGGAGGAGGAGGAGAAGGGAGCAGAAGUGCCCCAAAAGGAAAGAAGUUGGAAACUUUGGCCUCUCCCUCAUAUCAGCUCCUCUUCCUUCUCUCUAUCUCUCAAGAAAGAGAGAAAAAUAUUAUAAAAUAAACGCAUAAAUCAAAGAAAUUCUGAGAGAAGAGAGAGAUAUGGAAACAGAAAACGCAAGGAUAGGAGGAGGAGAGGGUAAUAAUAAAAAGAAUGAAGGGAUUUAUGGAUCUGGAUUUCCAUUAAGCUUUUGGGAGGUGACGGUGGCUGCAACUGUUGUUUUCGGAUUUGUUGUGGGUCUUUUAGGGGUUUAUCUAACCAUGCCUCCUUCUGAUUAUAGCUUUCUUAAGCUCCCUCGUACCCUUCAAGAUCUUCAAAUUCUCAGAGAUCAUCUGGAGACCUACACAAGUGACUACACUGCACAAGUACUGAUAGGGUACUGUGUGGUUUACAUCUUCAUGCAAACUUUUAUGAUUCCUGGGACUGUUUUUAUGUCAUUGCUUGCUGGAGCUCUUUUUGGGGUUUUUAAAGGCGUGGCCUUGGUGGUAUUCACCGCCACUGCCGGUGCUUCCUCUUGCUAUUUCCUUUCAAAGGUGAUUGGGCGGCCUCUUGUAUUCUCUCUGUGGCCUGACAAGCUGAGUUUCUUCCAAGAACAGGUAGCUAGAAGAAAAGAUAGUUUAUUAAACUACAUGCUUUUCUUGAGACUAACUCCGACUUUGCCAAAUACAUUCAUAAAUGUUGCUUCACCAAUAGUUGAUGUGCCUUAUCAUAUUUUCUUCCUGGCAACCUUUAUCGGACUCAUUCCUGCAGCUUACGUUACUGUCAAGGCUGGGAUAGCUCUUGGAGAGUUGCAAUCACUGGGGGAUCUUUAUGACUUUAACUCUGUUGCCACUCUGUUUCUUAUUGGGGUUGUCUCUAUUACCCCUACAUUGAUGAGCAAGAGUAAAACAUAGUAUUCUGCAGAUGGAACUUGCAUGUUGUAUAUAGUCUUUAGUAUCCUGGCACUGAUACAGUGCCAGUUCGUCUCUGUGCAGAUUAGCAUCAAAUAAAUGCUAUAUGCAGUUGUCGCUGUUUAUGGAUUUAAUUGCUGAUGCUGCAGACGUUGAGGAUGCUGAUCUUGGGAAGGUACUCGGCUAUUUACAAAGUUCUUGUUUGUGGGUUAUGUAUGCAGUUGGGAAUGGAGGUGCAGGGUUGGGAGACAAGCUGUAUAUUUCCAGUUAGAGUGGCUAGGUCUUUAAUUUCCUGUAUCAGUGUCUCAAGGCACUGCGAACUUAUGUAUUUAGUGGUCUGUUAAGCAGUCAUUGUGUAUCAAAACCAAUCUUUUAUCUUAUGAAUGAGAGGGACAAAAAAAAAAAAAAAAAAGAAUUUAGGAAUGAAACGAGCUUAAUUCUUUUCUAUAA